AUGCGGUCCCCAUUCACCCCUCUAGCAAUUGGCUUCAGCCUUCUUUCCCACGCAGAUGCCUUCACAAUUCCUCUUUCCCCGCAGCAGAUUCUUAGCGCCUCGACUGCAGAUAAGAAGGUCUGCCCUCUCGCUGAAAAGGUCUUUCCCGAAGACAACGGCCUGUUCCCAUCGGUCCAAUACGUCCAGAAUGGAACAAUCCUUCAGCGUCAGGUCGAAAGGCUUUCCAAGGCCGUUCAAAUCCCAACUCAAAUUACGGACUCUAUGAUCGAUCCUGACGACGAGGCCUUUGUGCCUUUCGUUGACUUCCACAAGCUUCUUGCGGAGCUCUUUCCCCUUGUCUACUCCAAGGCAAAUAUCGAGCACGUCAACCGCUUCAACCUGAUCAUAACCCUUGACCCCACAUCAGAGACUGCCGGGAAGAGAAAGCCACUUCUCUUCACAGCUCAUCAAGAUGUCGUUCCCAUCAACGACGCCUCAGAUUGGACGCACCCUCCAUUCUCUGGAUACUUUGAUGGUGAGUUCCUUUGGGGACGGGGAAGCAGCGACUGCAAGAACGGCCUUAUCGGUCUUCUCUCUGUCGUCGAGGAUCUCCUGAGUCAAGACUGGACACCCUCUCGACCUAUUGUUCUGGCAUUUGGCUUCGAUGAAGAGGCACAAGGCUACAUUGGUGCUGCGCGCAUCGCACCAGUUUUGGAGGAGAGGUAUGGAAAAGAUGGAGUGGAGCUCAUCCUAGACGAAGGAGGAGGCGGUCUCACGACUCUCCGUUCAUUAUCCCCCACUGGCGAAACAGUCGAAGACGAGAGUGUGAUUUAUGCUCUCCCAGAUGUAGGUGAAAAGGGUGCCGUCACCAUCGUUAUUGACCUCUCCGUCCCUGGUGGUCAUAGUUCCGUUCCACCAAAGCACACUGGUGUCGGGAUAAUGUCUGAGAUUAUCUACAAACUGGAGAACACCGAGCUGGAUGUUUUCGAACCAAUCCUCGGGUCUAGCCAUCCUUCUCGCCAAGUCUUCGAGUGUCAAGUCGCUCAUUCUCCGAAAUACGUGGAGGACUGGCUUGCGUCAGCGCUGAACUCAGACGACCAGGCAGCGACAGCCGAAGCAAUCGCCGAGUCUCGUGGUCAAAGCGUUCGGUUUACUCUCCAAUCCUCCCAGGCAGCGGAUAUUUUCAACGGAGGCAUCAAGAGCAACGCGCUUCCGGAGAAAAUCAACGCCGUCGUGAACUAUCGUAUUGCGCUCCAUCAAACUCCAGAACUGCUCCAGGAGCGGGCACAGAAGAUAAUAGAGCCUAUCGUGGAGAAGUUCAAUCUGACCUGGUCGAGAUUCUCCGACACCGAGGACGAACCCGUCAUUGAUGCGGCAAGCAGCGGUCAUCUUUCACUAUCGACCCUGAACUCUCCUCUCCAGCCUGCCCCCGUCAGCCCUACUGAUAUAGAGACCAGCCCUGUCUGGGCGCGCUUUGCCGGUGUCACCCGCUCUGUCUUCGAGUCCGUUCCGAGCCUUGAAGGCAAGACCGUCGUUGUCGGCGGUGAUAUCACGACCGGCAACACCGAUACCAGGCUAUACUGGAAUCUAUCUAAGAAUAUCUACCGCUGGAGUCCCGCGCGCGAGGGCCGGGCCUUGAAUAUCCACACCGUGGAUGAGCGAGUCGGCAUCGAUGCCCACCUCGAGGCAAUGAUGUUGUAUUAUGAUUUGAUCCGCGCUUUUGACUCAUGGGAUGCCCCUGAGCAACAGACUGGAGACGAGAGUCUGGGUGACCUUAGGACUGGCGACCUAUAA